AUUUUCCAGCACAUCAAAGUCGUCUCUGCCAAGCGAAGUCAAGCAGACACAGAGGGCAUGGAGGCGUACGUCGUCUUUGAGAUGAAAGUCUUCCCAGAAAUAUGCAACGGGAUGGGUAACAUGCACGGAGGAGCUGUCGCCAUGCUUGUCGACAACACAACGACUGCAGCAGCGUGCCCGGUAGCAGAGGAUGGUUUCUGGGAUUUCGGCGGCGUCUCAAGAACUUUGCAAGUGACAUACCUACGACCUAUGCCCAUGGGAAGGACAUUUGUGAUUGAGAACAUGGUCCGUAAUGUUGGUAGAAGUCUUGCAGCAAUACAAUGCAUCAUCCGGGACAAAGAAAGUGGUAAGAUCGUUGCGCUUGGAGAACACGGAAAGGCUGCUCUUGAACCGCAGGUGAAGAGGAAGAGAUCAGGACUGCUAUGA